AUGAUGGAGGCUGCGCGGUAUCGACCUUGGUCAGAUCUCCUGCCCGAACUUCUGAACCUUGUCCUCAAGCGUCUCCCUUCCCUAGCUGACCGUGUUCGUCUGAGGGCAGUCUGUCACCCAUGGCGCUCUAACUGUCUGCUGCAACCGCUUCCCGUCCCGUUCCCAUGGCUCACCCUCCCUGAUGGAACAUUCCUCUGUAUCCCAGGAGGCGAGGUUCACCGCAUGCCAGCUGUACCAGAUGGUGUUAGUUGCCGUGGCUCCAUCGAUAACUGGCUAUUUCUCAUGAGUAGUGAUGAUGCAUGCACAUUGAUGAACCCUUUCUCCAAGACCACUUUGGAGCUUCCUAAUCUGGUCUCAGUUUGGCAGCGUAAGGUACACUACGAAUCUGAUCCUACACAACUUCUCUACAAGUUGGUGGUGCCCUCACCCCAGGACCUAUCGCCUGAUUCCCUCAUUGUGGCAUUGAUGAUGGCCGAAGUUAAUAUUGGUACACUUUGCAUUAUCCAGCCACCGAUGGCCACUUACUCGUUACGAGACAAUAGGCAGCCAUUAUACCACCCGUAUGAUGUUGCUUUCUUUGAUGGAAAGUUGUAUGUGGUGUCUUCCACUGGUAAGCUCUUCAUCCUUGAGUUUCGCAGCAACCUUGGUAGUAUUCCAAACAUCAAAUGCGUAAUUGAGUCUUUGGGUGUUUGCCUUGGAGUACCAGAAUGCGUUUCCAGAGAGAAAGUGUGUACAUUCAGGUUGUAUCUAGUUGAAUGCGGUGGUAGACUGUUGAUGGUUCAACGAUUUAUUCGUCACCUGGGCCCUCUCUGUAGGGAUAAUAUAUUUGAAAAUAUGCAGACUAUUGGGUUUGUUGUCGUCGAGGCAGACUUGCACUCUGAGCCUUGCCGAUGGAGAAUGAUCAGUGAGUUGGGUGGCCAUGCUCUCUUUGUUGGCAAGCAUGGCUCCAAGUCUCUGCCUGCUAGAGAAUGCAGCGGAUCCCAAGAGGAUUGCAUCUACUUCAUUUGUGACUAUGCACAUCCAAAGUUUUCUAUGAGUCCAUUUCAUGACUCUGGUGUGUACAACAUGCGGAAUGGGAGGAUCACACCAUUGAUGUCUCAGACUGCAGCACCUGCACAUGAUGCAUGCCAGUGGCGUCCGACGUGGGUUUUCCAUGCUGGAGCUGUGUGA